GGAAAUUUAACAACAGAUUUUUGCAGGUUGUGUUAUUUUGUAAACAUUAGCACUGCAUUUGUUUGUUUGGGGUAUUAUAUUAACUGUUCUGUUGUUAAGCUUAUUACGUGACUAUUAUUAUUUCUAAACGUUAAAAUGGCUGAAAAACCGGAGGAUUUAAAUCUUCCUAACUCUGUCAUUGGUCGGAUUAUUAAAGAAGCUUUGCCAGACGGAGUUAUUAUUUCCAAAGAGUCCAGAUCUGCGAUAUCUAAAGCGGCAAGUGUUUUUGUUCUGUACUGCACGUCCUGCGCAAACAAUUUUGCUCUGCAACAAAAACGCAAAACCUUAAAGGACACAGACGUAAUUGCCGCAUUGGAAGACAUGGAGUUUGAAGAAUUUGUACCUCUGCUCAAAGACUAUUUGGAAACUUAUAAAACGGAGCAAAAGAAUAAGAAGUCCGCUACAGAGAAACGUAAAAAAGCAAAAGAAGCUCUUGAAAACAGUUUGGAUAACUUAAAUGAGCAGGAAAGUGAAGAUGUGGAAAUGAAAGAAGUUGAUAAAUCGGAAGAUGAGGUUAUUGAUGCGGACGGUCCACAAGAACUUGAUGCUCACAAAACUGACAAUUGAAUGGGUAAACAAAUUAAAUGAAUAAAAAAAUGAAUAUCAUUGUUUAAUUGAACGAAAUGCAAUAUUGGAGUUAUACUACUGGAAUUGUAACUCAAAAUGACAACAUGCACUAGUCUGCAGGUAAUGACAGUUUCUGACAAGAACAAGUUAUACUGUACAUAAUCAACACGUUUUAAACAAAAUGGCCUCUGCAUCUUUCAUAUUCUGCAGACUGGUGUGUAAAAUCAAUUUGUUCACAAUACAUCGCAAUGUAAUAGCAUCAGUAUACCCAGGUUACUGAAAAUAUUUGGUCAUUCAAUUGUAUUGUUUUCCUUCUGUUUGUAAAAGAUACUAUUAAAUGUUUUGUACGCAACAAUAGUGUAACCAUGUUCCUUUUUUUAG